AUGCUUCGUGAUUCCGUGAUCCAGGGAAGUCUCAUCAGAAACGUGCUGACCCUCACAGUAGGCUGGGACCCCUACAGCGCCUCCUCACGGACUGUUGUGUCCAACUAUGUCGUCAUCCCUGAGCCCAAGAUCACAGUGCGGGCUCUGACCCCGCUCACUCAGCCGAUCAUGGGCAUAUUCAAGACCCACGUGAUCCACGAGUCUUCUCGACAGUUCUUGCAGGCCAAGGUCGAAUGCUUGACUCCCUAUGAGAACGUGUCCAACGAGGUCAUGCUCACUGUACAGCUCAUGGAGGUGUCUCUGACCAACACAGAGGGUAUAUCAGAAGAAACUCGUGAGUUACUGGAAGACUGGAAGGGAGCACUCACUUCGACGUUAGGCUCAUACCAGAACAACAAAGCCAUUCUCCAGUUGCCAAGGAUACCGCUAGACUCGGCCAGACACGACAACAUGACAGUAACGAGCACAUUCAGAGUGAGGGUGGAGGACUACAGCGACCUGAAGGACGGUGCGAUGUACGAAGUCAAGCUGGCCACUUCCUUCCGUGACGUCAUCUUGUGGGCGGGGCUAAUCCCUGUGACGCUGGACGCCCCAGAUGUUCGGAUGCCUGAUCUAUGGGUAUCCAUGAGCCAGGCAGCUCUCUGUUCCUAUGACGCCCGGUGA